GAGUCAAUAUACGACGAAUCUGAGCUAGUUUCUGUCAAAUACCCAAAACAGUAAAUAAUACACAGGGCAAAAUUGUGGUAUUUGUCUUUUGAUUCUACAAAAGUGUAGCUGCCCAUUUAUUAUUAUUUUUUAUCGUGAAAAUUCUAGAUAUAUUUCAUAUGGUGCUCAUUGGUUUCUAAUUGAUAAAUAAGAUGGAUAAAACAUACGUCGCAAACCGAACAAAGAACAAUUAAUUUAACAAAAUGAAAAAAAGAAAUUGAUCAAAGAUCAACCUUGUUUUGUGUUCGUCCAAUAUUUUGCGUAGUUUCAUUAAUCUUAACCAGUUUCAAUUUCGCGCAGUAUUAAUGACAUGCAAGCGUUUUCGUUGUGGAGUGAAUCUUUCCACAGACUUUAUGUCGUCGAACUUUAAGCGAAAAAAAAAGUAAAUAAAAAAAAGUGAAAAUGAAUUCAAUGCCAUCAUCAGCAGCACGUUUAAUUGUGCCAAAUGCCACCAAAAAGCAAAUUACAAAAUUUGAAGAGGCUGAACAUAUACACCGACAACUAUUGUACGAUUUGAUGUCAUCAAUUUACGAAUACAUAUUGAUAUUGACAUCUCAGGCUAAAAUCAAUUAUGAAACAGUGGCGGAAACAGGACAUAGAACAAGUGAAACACCACAUACAAGUACUGAUAAUCGCCUUACAUCAAAUGUUGAAUCACUUUUAUUGCAUAUUCAUUCGUGUCUCGAGCAAAUAUUUUUAAAUGGUCUACGUAUUUUUAAGCCCGACAAAUCACCGGAUCUGUGGCGAUUCUUUGAGGCAUUGAAUUGGAUUAAUCCCCACAUGACAGUUUCAAUUGGAAGUCAAGCAUUUAGCAGCACGAGUACGGUGAAACGAGUUCAAGCUCCAAAGAGUUCUCGCAUACGAAACGACAAAGCGCUUAUGUGGCUGUAUGAAAAUUUACUAACGCAUCAAUUAAAAUCCAAACUAAAAUGCAUUUUAUCCGAUCAUGAACACUUGACCAAUUGUUUCGAAGUGACGCUUGCAUUUUUCGGUAGUAAGAAAUUUGUUGAGGCCUUGUACAUUUGCUUAAAUGCAUUCGAUAAAAAACAAUACGACAUUCUUUUACAAAUCGACCAAAAUUUAUAUCUUAGUGUUAUUAAUGAAUCUAUAAAAAAUUCGACAUCCAUUACGUUAACAACGACGACGACGACAAAGACAACAAAUGACAAAAUGAGCAAACACAACAGUGAAAUAUCAAAAGAAACCAGUGAAUUUUGUGAUAGUAAAUAUACCAGUAAAUCUAGUUUGAAAAAGUGUGAUGACUUCGUAUCACAUUUUACAAAUAAAUUGAUAACAAAUCGAAAAAGUCGCAGCGUACGAUCACAUUGUAAAAUAAAACAUUGUAUUAGCUUAAAAUUGCGAAAAUUUGUUAGUUUACCUGAUUUGAGUAGACAAUCAAAAGUUGGUAUUCGAAAUAUUGUGCGCACUCGAUCUCAAACUAUACGUAUUAAAUCACAUCGCUUAAAAUUAACAGCUGAAAAUUUGGCCAUAAAUGAUCGACAAAAAAUCACUGAAUUUAAAAUCGAUAAACGAAAGAUAUCAUCAUCAUCGGCUCGUUUUGAUCAAUUAAAUGCCAUCGCUGUUGAUGAUUUACAGCCGAUAAAUCUCGUUAAAUGUGAUGACAUUAAAAUCUACACCGAUCGACGUAGUGAGAAUUCAACAAGUUCUCUACAAGAAUAUAAUAAACCAACGAAAACGAUUGGAUUAGUUAAAAGUAAUAAUUUAUUGCCAUAUUUAAAUACGUCACAUGCAUCGUCGACUGUAUCAAAUUCACCGGGCAAAAAACUCGCUUCGAAUUCAGCACCUGGUGAUUUUGCAUCCUUUUUCGCAGCGAACGGAGCCAAAAUUGAAAAUCGUUAUCACCACAACACAAUUUUCGAUAAUAUUGAGUCUAGUACGUCAUCACCGCUGUGUAACCAUGAUCAAUGCGCAAAUUUAAUUCCAAAUCGAGGUCAAAGUCUGACAUCAUACCUACAGGAAGCACAACGUACGCGACGAAAUAUCACUGAUCUUGAACGGGAGAAUGCACAUUUUACUCUAUCAGAUGCCAUUAUUUCAGCCAUUGAAGAAAUCAAAUGCAGCCGAAUGGAACGGAAAAUAGAAAAACAACACAAAGCCACCAUCAAAGCCAAAAUCAAGAAACGAAAAUCUCAUCAGCGUCCAAUGAAAAAUUGGAUUUUUGGCGACGAAGAAAACUGUGAUAAAAACAAUAUAACUGCAACGGAUGAUGAUACAUCUUCAUACUUAUCGUUAUCGGAGGGAGAUGAAAAAUUAUUAUCGUCCAGUGAAUCGGAUUCAAAUAUAUCAAGCAGUAGUGAUACAACCACGGCCAGCAAUGUUGGUGAUUUAAAACGAUUAAAGAUUUUCUCGGUAUCAUCACACAGUAUUAAUGAUCAUUCAGCGUUUGCUGAAUGGGCAGAGAGUAGUAUCGAAACGCUAACAGCCGAAGGUAUUGCUUUAAGUUUAAUAUCAAAAUUCAAGGAUUAUCAACUUCCUCGUGCGGCUGACCUACUAUUGAAUACGACUGAUAGCGAUGUACGUUCAUUAUUGGAUGCUACUUCGAAUGGAAAACACCAUCAAAUUCCAUAUCAACGCGGUACGGAGCAAUGGGCACCGCCUCGACCCCAAAUAAUCUUUACAAGGCAUCCAGUACCAGAUCGCCGUAGUUUACUUGAGCAACAGAACCAACGAUGUGCAGGAUGUGGAAUGUUCAUCGAUAAAGAAUUUCUGUACAGUUUACGUUAUUGUGAAUAUACAGCGAAAUAUCAUUGCACAGGUUGUCAUCGAAAUCAAAUCUCGGCGAUACCGGCACGUGUUUUGGAUCGAUGGGACUUUUCGUGCCACCCCGUCAGUGUAUUUUCGUAUCGUUUGCUUGAUCAAAUAUGGAAAGUUCCACUGUUUCGUUUGCCGGAUUUAAAUAAAGAAUUGUACGGCCGUGUUCGAGCGUUGCGAUAUUGCCGAUUGCGUCGUUUGCAAUUGAAGUAUGUGUACGAUUUCAUUCAAACCUGCCGUUUUGCCGACGAUGAUAAAAAUAAAAUCGAAUUUGAUAGCGUACCGUCUUAUAUUUAUGAUGAUCACGAUAAUUGGUCCAUGAAUGAUUUUGUCAAUGUGCGCAAUGGAAGUUUUGCGUCAAAAAUCAACAGCAUCAUAUUGAAGGGUGAAGAGCAUGUAUUCAAUUGCGAGCUAUGCACUGCCCAUGGAUUUAUUUGCGAGUAUUGUGCUGAUAAACAAGUGAUAUUUCCGUGGCAAUUGAAGGUUACACGAUGUGUAAAAUGUGGCUCUUGCUCUCAUACGUCUUGUUCGAAAGAUCACCAAUGCCUCAAAUGCCAAAGAUUAGAGAAGCGAAAGAAAAACUAAACAUCUGCUUUGAAUUAUAGAUCAUUCGUUGAUGUAUAUAUAUAUAUUUUUUAUUGAUGUGUAAUAAAAUAAAAUUCUAUUUUUUUGUUGUUGAAAAAUAAACUAAAAUAAAAAAAAGAC